AAAAUUUAAACAACCGAUCCGAAUCAAGGUUACUACAGAGACUCGGUGAGGUAUUUUUAGUUGCCCUCUUUAAAACCUGUGCAAAAAGCCCUAAAAAUUAAAAUCAAAAUCAAUUCCAUCACCAAAAAAAAGAAAAAAAAAAAGAAAAGAAAAAUGCUUGGUGGAUUAUAUGGGGAUCUCCCUCCGCCAUCAUCAUCGGCGACAACAACAACAACAGACGAUGAUCCAAAACCAACAUCAUCGAAUAAUGUCUGGUCAUCAAGUGUGAAAAUGGCACCACCGACACUAAGAAAACCCACAUCAGUCAAACCAAUAACACAAAACAUGAUGAUUAAAAACAAGCCCAAAAUCAUUAAUCCAUCCUCAGAUGUUGUAACAAACAAAAACCCAUCUUUGCAGCAACCUGCAGGUGCAUUUGUGGGGUCUGUUGCAGAGGAAUAUGACCCGGCUAGGCCGAAUGAUUACGAAGAAUACAAAAGGGAAAGGAAAAGACAGGCGGCUGAGGCCGAGAUUAAGCGAGAAGCGGAAAAACGGCGAAAAGAGAGGGAGAAGGAAAGAGAAAGGGAAAGGAAAGAGGGUAAUAGUAGUAAUUUGGAUUUGGAUGUUAAUAUUUCGGGUGAAGAAGCGUGGAAAAGACGCGCGGCGAUGAGUUCGAAUGGAGGAGGAGGAGGAGAGGAUGUAGGAGGGUUUAGUAUUGAGAAGUCGGAAAGCGUUGGGUUGGGAGUUGGGGCAGGUGGGCAGAUGACUGCGGCGCAGAGAAUGAUGGCGAAAAUGGGGUGGAAGGCAGGGCAGGGGUUAGGGAAACAAGAACAGGGGAUCACGACUCCGUUAGUGGCUAAGAAAACGGAUAGGAGAGCCGGGGUUAUUGUGAAUGCAACCGAGCAAAAGCAGGCGGUGGAAAAGAAGGUGAAAGGUGUUAGUAUUAAUGGGGAGCCUACUCGUGUUGUGCUUCUUCGGAAUAUGGUGGGUCCUGGCGAGGUAGAUGAUGAUUUAGAAACUGAAGUAGCUGAGGAAUGUGCGAAAUACGGGACAGUCACGAGGGUCUUGAUAUUUGAAAUAACUGAGCCUAAUUUUCCAGUUGAUGAAGCGGUUAGAAUCUUUGUGCAGUUUGAGAGAUCUGAGCAAGCAACAAAAGCCCUUGUUGAUCUUGAAGGUCGGUUUUUUGGGGGUAGGGUUGUACGUGCUACUUUUUAUGACGAAGAUAGGUUCAAUACCAAUGAGUUGGCUCCAAUGCCAGGGGAAGUCCCGGGUUUUAUUUAGAUUUUAUGAAGUGUAAUAGUUUUGUUAUUCCUGUUAAGUUAAUUAAAUUUUUAGAUAUGGAGUAACCUUGUGGUGUGUAAAAGCUGUUUCCUGUAAUCAACAUUCUAAGAGUUGUUUUCAAAUCAUAAUAUAUUUUUCGCCAAUUGGCUUUCAUU